GCAGCAGCAGUUAGCAGAAGAUGCUCACAGUUAGCUCCUUGCUCUGAAUGGAGGCUGCCACCGGCUGCUUCGUGUUUAUUUAACCGGGAGAUCCGCUGCUCAGCAGGGACACGGACCCGAGGAGAGAUGGCUGGAAUCAUCAAGAAGCAAAUCUUGAAACAUUUGUCCCGGUUCACCAAGAAUCUGUCCCCGGACAAGAUCAACCUGAGCACGUUGAAGGGGGAGGGGCAGCUGUCCAACCUUGAACUCGAUGAGGAGGUUCUGCAGAACAUGCUGGACCUGCCCACCUGGCUGGCGGUCACACGGGUCUUCUGCAACAAAGCCGCCAUCAGGAUACAAUGGACCAAGUUGAAAACAAGCCCUAUCUGCCUGUUCUUGGAUAAGGUCGAGGUGGAGAUGAGGACGUGUGAAGAGCCUCGCCCCCCCAACGGCCCCUCUCCUAUCGCUAUCACAGCAGGACAGAGCGAGUACGGCUUCGCAGAGAAAGUGGUGGAGGGCAUGUCAGUUAGAAUCAACUCCAUCACCAUCAAGGUGCAGGCUCAGGCCUUCCACGCCUCCUUUGAGCUCUGGCAGCUCCAAGGCAACAGCCUCAACCCCAAAUGGCAGCACAGUGACCUCCGCUACACCCGCGUCACCGACCCAAAGAGAGGAGAGGUUUUGACAUUCAAAGAAAUCAACUGGCAGAGUCUCCGAAUUGAGGCGGACGCCAUUGAGAGCGAUGACCAGGACCUCGGCAGCACGCCGUUGCGUCUCAUCACCAACCAGGGUCGCAUUCGCAUCGCUCUAAAACGCAAAAUAAAGGACUGUAACGUGUUGGCGUCCAAGCUGCUCUUCAUUUUGGACGACCUGCUGUGGGUGCUGACCGACUCUCAACUCAAAGCGAUCAUUCAUUACGCCAAAUCUCUGAGUGAGGCCAUGGAGAAGUCGGCCCAGCAGAGGAAGAGCAUGACCGCCGAAUCCCUGCAGACGUCUCCUCCAUCUCCUGGCCUCCACAGCUUGUGGACGGAGCCCCCCCCUGCUCCGACCGGCACCCCCAACAACAUGAGUCAAUACUUUGAUCUCUACGAUGUAAAGGAGUCUUCGUACCACACCUUCAUAUCCCGCUUGGACUUACACAUAUGCAAUGAUAGUUCUUCAAUGGAUGAAGAUGAGCCUCCUCCGGGUUUGCAGGGUGCGAUGCAGCUGACCUUCAGGAAGCUGGGUUUUGAUUACUAUCCCAUCCACAGACCUGCUGAUGGGUGUCGACACUGGGAGCGUCACAGUGGAGCCAUGGAGGCUCAAGCCCAGUGGGCUGGGAAACUUCUGCAGGAGUACCACAAGAGAGUUGAGGCCUCCGGGAUCCCAGGGCCACACACCGAGGGGCCCCGGCCAACCAAGGACGGUCCUGCAAAGCCAGGCCAAGAUGGACAGUCUGAGAAAGAACAGACGACCUCCAGGAACACUGCUCCGACCGGCUCAUCUCUGAAGAGGCUGCGAUCCAGCUGCGUGGUGGUCAGGGUGGAUGACGUGGACAUUCACCAGGUGUCUACAAGGGGCCGUCAGAACAAGAAGACCCAGUCUUUAUUGUCCUGUAACCGUAAAACUCUGCGUUUGCCAGACAGCGUACCAGCAAUUCAUCUGCAGUUCACUGAGUACUACUUUCCUGACAACCCAAGUCUCUCGGUGCCCACCUCGAACCUGUAUGCCCAGUUAAACGGCCUGCAGCUGUGUGUGGACCCGGCCAGUGUGCUGUGGAUCAAUCUGUUCUCCAGGGGUCUGCUGCACACGCUGGACCAGGUCAAAGCUUUCUACCAUCUGCAAGACAGUAGCAAGGCUGAGGAGCAUGUAGACGUCCGCAUGGAUGCAGCUCAGCUUAAGUUGAUCAUUCCCUUGGAUUCCUCCAUACUGGACCAUCCAGAGCGUCCACAGUCUCUAUGCAUUACCGUUCCCCAGAUGGCGCUCAGCAACACUCGCCUCUGCCCCCAUGGCUCCAGAGCUGACCUCCACACCAUCUAUGACAAGUUUUCCAGCUGCUCUUUCUUCCAACCCACGUCACCUUGCUCUUACCCCAGAGACCCUAGUGCCUUCCAUCCCAUCCCCUCCUCCCUCCUCCAUCUCUCCCAGGAGACAGAGCCUCAACCUCUGGAUGGAAAGCAGCUACGAUCCCAGGACGUCUGGUCCCUCAGUCUGUCCCGUGUAACCCUGGGUUUCGAUGGAGCUCGGCGAUUCCCCAAAGGCCGGACCCAGCCCUUUGUCGAGCCCUUCGCCGUGUCCGUGUGGAUGUGUCAGCCCGCUGCCUUGAAAAGCGCUUUGUCGUCUUCCUCCUCCACUCCCAGCAGAGACCACCAGCCUCCUGCAGCACAGGAAGAGGCUUCGCUUGCCUCUAUCCACUUCCUGGUUCACACCAACACUCCAGUGAAAUUGUGGCUCAACCACUACCAGUAUGUAGCACUGCUGAGAAUGAAGGAUUCCAUGGCUCGGUUGGGGGCCGAGCUGGGCCGGGACCUGCGAGAUGUUAAACAGGCUCGUGGCCAGAAGACAAACAACCCUGCUUCUGUUUGCGUCGCCCUUCUGGUGGACUCGGCAGAACUCGGUCUCCUGCUGCCACCGGUCAGCUCAGAGCCAGAGGAAGAGGUCCCCCACACUCCAGAGACAGACAGCAUGACAGACUCUGAUAUUUCCCCGACUCAUCACUCGGCAGAGCUGGUCCCGGAGGACGGUGGGAUGGAAAACGGCAUCUCCUCUGAGUUGGAUCAGGAUGAACACGUGGAGGAGGCGUGUGAGGCUGUGGAGGAGGGGCCGGAGCAGGACGGUUUGUCAACACAAGUGGACAAUGCUGUCCUCUCACACCCCCUGUCACCUGGACACUCCCCUGCCCUGUCCCGCGUGCCGUCCAGCUUCAGCCUGGAGGGAGAGCUGUCAAGCGCCAUUAACGUGACCAAGGAUGCGACUAAAGAUGCCAUCAGUGCCUCGCUGGACCUGACAAAGGGAGCGUUUUCAAUAACAAAAGAUGCAUUUAGCCUUCUGAGUCGUGGCUCGGGGAUGAGCAAACUGUUCAGUCCAAAGGAACAGGUCCAGCGUUCAGAGGAGUCCUCCCCCUCGCUGGCUGCCGGCCUGCGUCACCAACCGAUGAAGCAGUCUCCUUCCCAGCAUUCCUUCGAUAGUGCUAUCUUGGAGGGCAGCCUACCUGAUGAGAAUCAUGUGGAUAGUGACGUCAGCGACGGUUUUGUUAUUCUCAUGGACUCAGAGUCAGGCGUGGAGUCCAUGCGUCCCAACAACACUGCACUAGGCAGCCGGGGAAGCCCCGCCCCGGGGACAGAGGGGGGGUCAUCAGCUGACCUCAGCAGCUCCCUGUCCCAAAGUAUUGAGGACGUGUCUGAGGACAUGUCUUCGGUGUUGUUACUGAUCCUGAGUGGAGCAGCAUGUACCAUGGAAGUAAAGGGAGAAAACCAAGUUGUGGCUGUGGAAGCCCAGAAUCUGAGCCCUGUGCAGAUGGGAACCAUCAAGGUGUCCGACGUGCUGACUGGGCUCGUACAAGCUCCAGGUGGACCAGUCCAGAACCAGAAUGGGCGAGGUGGGUCUCCAGUGGUGCGCAUGCGAGCAGAAAUGGGUCCGUCUGCAGCCCGGCACUCUUCCCUGGCCGAGUCUCUGGGCUUCCUGGACGUGAGAGUGCAGGACUGCCACGCUGAGCUGUUAGCCUCUACAGUGGCUAACAUCGGGCCUUUCCUGGAAGACGAAUUCAGUGUCGAUGGCCAACCGAUGAAGUUACACAUGAGCAACAUCACCAUCACCAUGAAGGAUGACGGCCCUAGAAACUAUCCCACCGCCCCUCAACCUGUCCCAGCCACUUUCAUCGUGGAUCAGCUUCUCCUGCAGCGCAGUGACGAUGGCAUCAUGAGGCUCAAAGGUGGGCAAGAGAAGACACACAACGGCCAAAACUGCCUAGGCCACUCCAGGAGACAGACUGUGGAGUCGCAGCUCUCUGAUGCCCAGGCUGUCCUCACCCAGGCCCUCAGUGACAGAGAGCGCCUCCUUCUGGAGGUCAGGAAGUAUGACCCAGCGUUUACUCUCUGACCCCCGACCAUCGGUGCUGACUGACUGAGAUCAGACGUAUCGGGAUGUAGGUCAGGAAACUUGAAGACUCGCGAAAAGACAUGUCAGGGCAUUAGUCAUGUUUCAGAGGAAAAUGAAAGUUGAGGCUUUGGAUCACUUCCCAUUCUAUUAUCAUGCUUCUCUUGAGAUUCAAAAAUAGCCCUUGUAACAACUACUUAAAGGGGAAGCUAGUGGACUAACUUAUUGGUACAUUAUUGGUACUAUAUUUGAACUUGGCAGUGUUGAUAUUCCUCACUGCGUUACUCAACCCAAGUUAUUGUGGUUGUUUCAUUCACAUAGUGUUGACAGUGAACUCAGUGUGUGGUUUCAGUGAUUGUCACAAAGCAUGCAAGAGUAAACAUCAUCAAGGUUUAAUCCUCUCCACUUUAAUAAUAGUGUAACGGAACUGUUGAGUCAGGCACAAGCCAAAACCUCCUCACAUGCACUGACACUGCCAGACAGUCAUCAGUCGCUCCUUCUGCAGAACAAUACACAAGUUACUGUCAAGCAUGCUUCGUGAUCAGUGCUAAUUUACACAUGGCACAUUUACAGAUAGUCAUAACGUUAGGCUAAGUGACGUAGAGUUCCUCUGUUUAAGUGUUAAAUACAAUAGAUCCAUGUGCUUACUUUUCUUUUACAAAUUUAAUAAUAAGAUAUCACCUGUUGUUGGAGAUGUGAUUCAAUAGGUAGGGAAAUCAAUGCACUUUUUAAUUUAAUUAAAAAAAAGAAAAGAAGGCAGAAGCAUAACAACACUGAUUUCAUAGAGGGAGAGGGAUGUGUCACAGUGUUGUGUUGCUUUAUCACCAGUGGUCACACAAACUUAACAAGUUCUCUGUUCUCAGAAAGCAGGUCGACUCAUUCCCCAGUGUUGUGUUAUUCUCCGAGCGGUGAAAGGUUUAUCGUUUUUCUUUUUUGUCCUGUGAAACGGUGCUCGGUGG